UUUUUUAAAUAUGUCAAAACUUGUCUAUUUCCAGUCCCUUGAUAAAUGAUUACAGAUUGACAUUUAAAAUUUUAUUUUGAAUAUAAAUGUGUACCUAUUAGACACGUGCUGAACGUGCUUAAUUUAAGACAUUCAAUUUACUUCCUUGAAAAUUUCUCGAUUCCUUUGUUGAAAAAGACAUUUUCAUUAAGAAUGAAAGUUUAAACCCCUGUAAAAAUAAAAAGCAAAUCCGAACAUAACCUCUCGUGUUCAAUAAAACUUCGUCAAAAUGCAAAAAGUAAAAAGAAAAAGUACAGAUAACGAUGGAUCUCAACAAAAGAAAAAGAAAGUAACUUUUACUGGCCCUAAAGUCGAAAACAAAAAAAAAUCAGAUGUAAAGGUAAAAGGUGAAAAAGUUAAUUUUGAUAAAGAUAAAACGAAAACGUUCAAAAAAUUUAACAAAAAUGAUCAUAAGAACAAAAGUUUAACUAAAAAGAAGCCUUUGACAUCUCAAGGUGAUGGUGAAAAACCUAAGUGGUCUGAAAUGAAAAAAGAAAAGAAGACUCUUAGGACAGAACGGCGUAAAGCUAAAGCUACAGCUGAAAUAUUUGAAAUAUCUCACAAAGCGAAGUUAUUAGCAGCUCAGAUCCAAAGAAAAGUGGUAAAACCAGAUUUUCGGAUGAAAGCCUGCAAAGAAUUACAUUCUUUAAUAAAAGGCCAAUACAAGUCCAUUGCUCUUACUCACGAUUUGAGUAGAGUUAUUCAGGUGUUGCUUAAACAUAGCCCUGAAGAUGUUAAAAAUGAAAUUACUGAAGAAUUAAUGGAUAUCAUGGUUCCCAUGAUGAGGUCUAAAUACGCAAACCACUCUGUGACACGUAUAUUGAAGUAUGGAACAGACUACAUACGUCAUGAAGUUAUAAAGAAGUUAUUUGGUCAUAUUGUUUCUCUUGCAUCUCAUACAAUCAGUGCGCCAGUCUUAGAUUAUGCAUAUGGAGAAUUUGCGACUAAAAAGGAAAAGAUUCACAUGCAACAGGAGUUUUAUGGUGAUAUGUACAAAAAUUCAAAAGAUAAUAAGGUAAAAACCUUAAGUGAUGCAUAUAAGAAUAGUCCAGAAAUGAAGUCGGCCAUCUUGCAGUCUUGCAAAGCAAACAUACAAAAAAUCUUAGAUAAAAAUUUGCACGAUGGCGAACUGUUGCAUUCUGUUUUAUAUGAUUAUAUUAGAGAGUGUAGUUCAGAAGACAGGGUUGAGUUGAUCUCAACAUUGAGUCCACUAAUUGUACCUCUCAGUAAUUCCUUACCAGGAGUCAAUGCUGCCAGUAUGUGUCUCUGGCAAGGCACUAAUAAAGAUAAGAAGACAAUAUUAAAAGUAGUCAAGGAGCAUGUGGUGCCACUGAGCAAGCAUAAAACGGGCUACAGGUUAUUAAUAGCUAUUUUUGAUUCUGUAGAUGAUACUGUUUUAGUUAAAAAAGUGAUUGUUUCGACCCUUGCAAACAACAUCAAGGAUAUCGCUAAUGACCAUUGGGGGAAUAUGACUUUACGUUGGCUCGUAAAACCAAAAGACCCGACAGUUUUCCACCCAACCUUUAUAAAGUUUCUGGAAGAAGGACUCAAAAGUGGUACAUCAAAGAAAGAUGCAGACCUUCGUGUGUCUGAAUUACGAGAAGCAAUAUUUCCAGCACUGAAGGCAGAUAUUGAAUCCGAUGCUAGUUUCUGGCUCAGCUCUAAAACUACACUAUUUUUAGUAGUGGCUUUAUUGUCUGUUGAAUCAUCUAAAACAAUAGUAGAAGCACUAGCCAAAGCAAUAUGUCAGUUAGAUUGGAAAGUUAAAGUUAAUGAUGAAGAGGUAUUUGCCAUAGAAGAUGCUGGCAUUCAUAUGUGCCUAAAGAAACUAGCAAUUUUGGACAAGACUGCAUCAGACUCAUUAGGAGAGGCCAUUUGUGACAAUAUUGAUGAUGAAACUUUAAAAGUCUGGCUGUCUUCAAACAGAGGUUCAUUCUUUGUUUUAAAACUAAUCGAAAACAACAACGACAAAAUAUCGAGCAAACUUAAAAAGAAGACCAAAAAUUAUUUGAAUAUACUGAAGCAGCAGUCUUCUGAAGGAGCAAAGCUACUUUUACAGUGUCUUAAGUAAUAAAACAAAUGUUUUUAUUAAACACAA